GUGCCCGAAGAUGUUACGUCACGAUACGCUAUAUAGUGACGGAGUGGGGGUGGUUUUUUUCAUUUGUUGUGGCGCCCUGGUGUUAGGAUGUUGUUUAAUAUCUUGUUAAUCUUUGUCGUUACGGUAAAUUCGAAUCACGUAGCUUCUGCAACUGGAGGAAUCAGUAACCAGCACCAUCAACAAGACGAUGCUGGAAAUUAUAAUUUUGGUUACGAUGUGCAAGAUCCCGGCAGUCAUCAUUUCAGAAGAGAAUCAGGGGAUGCUUACGGGCGCGUUGUAGGAUCGUACGGUCUUUCAGAAGCGGAUGGCAGACACAGGAUCGUCGAUUACGUUGCUGAUGAAUAUGGAUUUCGAGCCAAAGUUAGGACCAACGAACCGGGUACACGAUCCGAAAAUUCCGCUGCUGUAGAGGUUUUAAAACCCGGUCACCCUCCAGGACCUCCCAGAAUCCCAAAUCCUGUAGUUUCCCCGGCGCCCGCUCCACCUCCUCCACCUCCAGCUGAUCCUCCGAGUCAAAAUAUUCUACCGCCCCCGUCUUCGGUAAAAUCCUACGUUCCCUACGUUAAUGCUCCUUAUAAUUAUCCUUACUAUUACUCACCUCUGCCAGCUAAUUCUUUAUACCCUCUCCCCCAAAAUAAAUACCCGGAAUACAUUCAGCAUCCCCAAAACCCCCAAACCAUUCCGAACCCCCAAACCAUUGCGAAAUUUGUAGAUCCUUAUAGUUAUAAAUACGUCCAACCGCUUCAUCCCACUUCCACUCAUCAGAGCCAAAAAUAUUCGUCAGCCUUAGUUAAUAACCCCCCAUUGCUCCCUACUCAAGCUAAUUACAAUCACCCCGCCGAUGCCACUAAUUACAAUAUUGGCCUCAUAAGCUCAAAGUUGCCAUCCAACUAUAGAGUGGUACCCAUACCUAACGGUAUACAGGCGGUCCCAAUUGAUUCUUCAAGCGCUUCUAAUUUGGGUGGGGGUGUUUAUCAGCCUUAUAACUACAAUGUGGAUAGAAACUACCCGCGUGCUACUUACCCCAGCAGGGAUUUGAGCUACGUAGACACUAAGAAACAGAAGUCUUACUACGCUUAUCCUCCUACGGAUUAUCGUUACGCCGGAAGCAGACAGAGCAAGUCUAUUACGCGAGUUUCUAAGAGUGUGGAGCAAUGAAUAUGAUUUUUAUGUUUUUAUAACAUUUUUAAUUGUUUUUUUAAAAUGUUUAUCGCUUGUAUAAUAUAAGGUUUACUGGGCCAAAUAUUAAAUAAAUUCUUUUCUAAGCUGUG